AUGGGUUACAGCGAGGAGGGCGGUUCGCAUGAGAAGUAUAACCCUGAUGUCGAGGCCGACGUCGAGGCUGUCUCCCCUGGGACGCUGUCUUCGGUCGAUGAGGCGGGCAAUGGAAAGUUGCACAGCAAGCUCAAGGGGAGACAUAUGCAGAUGAUUGCCAUCGGUGGUUCAAUUGGCGCAGGUCUCUUCGUUGGUUCUGGUGGUGCCUUGAACUCGGGUGGUCCAGCCUCGCUGGUUAUCGAUUUCAUCAUCACGGGUAUUAUGCUUUUGGUCACUGUCAACGCGCUUGGAGAACUUGCUUACCCACAUAACACUGGGCACACAUCAAUCAACGUCGGGGUCUGGAUCACGAUCUUCCUAGUUCUGAUUUUCUUUAUCAACGUUUUUGGUGUCCGAGGCUACGGUGAGGUCGAGUUUAUACUCGGUGUGAUCAAGGUUAUUGCCAUUAUCGGUUUCAUCCUCUUGGGUGUUAUCAUCGAUUGUGGUGGAGUGCCAACCGAUCACAGAGGCUAUAUAGGAGCGCAUUACUGGCACGAACCUGGCGCAUUCCGCAACGGAUUCAAGGGGUUCUGCUCCGUGUUCGUCACCGCAUCUUUUGCCUUCGGCGGAACCGAACUUGUUGGUCUCGCUGCAGCAGAAGCCGCAAACCCUCGCAAGACGGUCCCCAAGGCCACGAAGCAAGUCUUCUGGCGUAUCAGUCUGUUCUACGUUAUCUCACUCUUCCUCCUUGGUCUCAUCGUGCCAUCCGACAACCCCAACCUCUCACAGGCAUCUGGUGGAAACACCCGUUACUCUCCUUUCGUCUUAUCGUUCCAACUUGCAGGCAUCAAGAGUCUGCCCUCAAUCUUCAACGCCGUCAUUACACUCAGUGUCAUCUCCGUCGCCAACUCGUGCACCUUCGCCGCGACCCGAACAAUCCAAGCUCUAUGCUCAAAGGGCAUGGGUCCCAAAUGGGGCGCCAAGAUUGACAAACACGGCCGACCAUACAUCGCGCUGAUCUUCACGCUGUCCUUCGGCUUCCUCGCAUACAUCAACGAGGCUAAGCAGGGAGGCCAAAUCUUCACCUGGCUUCUUUCUCUUUCCGGCCUCUCCAACUUCUUCACUUGGGGUUCCAUCUGUUUGGCGCACAUCCGCUUCCGUCGCGCCUGGAAGCGCGCCGGCCGUACGACUGACGACCUGCCUUUCGCCGCCAUGUUCGGCGUCUAUGGUUCGUGGAUCGGUCUCUUCUUGAACAUCCUCUGCCUCAUCGCCCAGUUCUACGUCGCUCUGUUCCCCAUUGGCGGAAGUCCCGACGCGCAGGCCUUCUUUGAGGCUUAUCUUGCUGCGCCGAUCGUGAUUGCGUUCUUCGUGGGCUACAAGCUUUACUAUAAGCAGUGGUGGAUCGGCGUGCGGACCAGCGAGAUGAAAGUCGACGAGGGUCGGAGAGAACUCGACAUCGAUGCCUUCCGAGCGGAGCUGGACGCCGAACGCGCCGAGAAGGCUACCUGGCCGUGGUGGAAGCGGACCUGGGAUUUCUGGAUGUAGGGAGCGUUCUGCUCUUGUUGUUGUG